AUGUCGGACAAUGCGGAGUCAUCAGAUGGCGAAAGCAGUGAUUCGGACUCGGGACGCCACGGAAAGAAGAAGGUGCCGCGGUGGGCCCAGAAGGAUCACCUCAACAAGAUCUUGAGCGCACAAUUCGGCAAAAACGCUAUCGAUCCGUCGCCCGGGAUUUUCCAGGACUUUGUGGACACAUGCAACCUGGAAGCGAUCUUCGAGACGACCGACAUCCGAAAGAAGAAGAGGUUCGCUAGGCGGACAAGUAGCGGCAACUGGUUGGCAGAUCGUCCGACGGCUCGAGACAGAGCGCUGUACCAACGUGACAUGGGCUAUGACCGGUGA